GGCCCAGAUCGAUUCCUUCGCCCGGUCGGGAUGCCUGAUCCCGACCCGUCGCUCGGAUCGAUGAUUCGGGAUCGAGGGAUGCUCGCCUUGCUCGCGACGGUUCGGAUUCGCGCUCGUUCCUGAUCCUGUCCUGGGGUCGUCGCCGAUCGGCUCUCCCGGUGAGCGGCUGUCGGGGCUUCGAGUUUUCUCCCCGUUUUGGGAUCGAAUUUCUUUUGGGUCUUCGAGUUACUGCGAAAUCCCUUUCUGGGCUUUGCUUCUUUUUCCUUUUGUCUGAUUGCUUUUGGGGGAUCUUGUUCGUUUUGCAUUCUUUUGAUUCCGAUGAUCCAUCGUCGUCCGGGAAAUGCAGGUUGUAGCAUUCCUGGCAUCUGAAUUGGUGUUGGCUUCUAGUCGCUCUGCUGAAAAAUUCCGGUAUUGUCUCGUUAAACCUAUCACUGAGCUCAAAAGGUCGUAGCUUGGGACCGGAAUUCGGCAGAAAGAUCUUAUAUUUGGUGAAAAAGCUGCAGCAAGAACGACCCUUUAAUACGGUGCAAUCUUUGUUCUGGUGGUUAUUCUAUUUCACUGCCGGCGAAAUCGCCUGUCCGCCCUGCAUACAUGGAUGAUCUCCUGUUGAAGUGAUUGGGAACAUACUAUCGCAGCUCAAAGCUGCGAGAGAUGUCGUGGUUGCUUCCAUGACUUGCCAGAAAUGGAGAGAGGCUUGGAAGAAGCACCUUCGAGCGCUCUCCUUUGAUUCCAAUGAUUUGUCCACGCACCAUGGUUUCAACACGACCGAGCUGGAGAUCAUCAUUACGCAGACCAUAUUCCAGACUCGAGGCCUGCGGUGUUUGACCAUCUCAAUGGAGGAUGCGGAUGAGUUUUCGGCCGCCCCUGUGAUCGCCUGGCUCAUGUACACCAAGGAGACCUUGCGUGAGCUGUGUUAUAACGUGAGGACGCAUCCGAACAUCAAUAUUCUUGAGAAAUGCGGAAGGCAGAAGCUCGAAGUGUUGAAGUUGGCUCAUAAUUCUAUCACGGGUAUUGAGCUGAGUUAUCAGAAGUUUCCUCAAUUGAAAUCGCUCUCUUUGAGCUUCGUCAGCAUCUCGGCCUGGGAUUUGAGCCUCCUCCUUUCUAUCUGUCCAAAGAUCGAGUCACUAGCUCUUGUUAGUCCAGAUAUCGCCAUGUCAGAAUUACAGGCGACUAUGGAGUUGACAAGUCACUCGUUGAAAGAAAUCCAUGUGGAAGCGAUAAGCUUGGAUAAGUUUCUAUUGGAGGCUGAUAGCCUUCAGAGCUUGCACCUUCGAGAUUGUAAUCUUGAGGUUUUUGAGCUGAUUGGGAAAGGGGCAUUAAGAGUAUUUAAGAUGGAUGAUGUUAGUAUUAUACAUCUCGAUAUUAGUGAAAGCAUGGAAAAUCUCGAGGUUGUGGAUGUCGCAAACUUCACGGUCGUGUGGCCGAAAUUUUACCAGAUGAUCUCCAAAUCUUUGAAGUUGAGGACGCUUCGUCUAUGGGGUGUUGUACUGGAUGAAGAAGUUGAAGCCAUGGAUUUGGAGACGAUCUCUGUUUACUUUCCUCGGUUAAGCCACCUAGCUUUGAGUUACGAUCUCGGGGAUGAUGUUUUAACCCACUGUUUGCAGGGUUCGUCUAACUUGGAGAAUGUGGUUGCGCUUGAACUUGGAUGGACCAUAAUUAGCAACCGCUUCUCAGCAUGGGUGGCGGAACUUCUCGAGAGAUGCCCCAGAUUGAAGAAAUUGAAAAUUUUCGUGGGUGUAUCAGAGGCCAAAACAGAGAAAGAGCUUGGUAUGCUGGGCAAUUUCACCACGUCAAUGAUUCCUCUUAUGAGAAAAUAUAUGGAGGUAGAGGUUCAAUUUGAGUUUGAAUAGAUAACAUGUGAAGAUCAGUUUUGAUUUUUCAGGUCUCAGUUAAUUUCUGGUUGGUACAGGACCUCAGAAAUAUUGCAUUCUUUUGUUUCUUCAGUCCUAUAGUGAACAAAGUUGCUAUUUCUUUUGAUGAGUUAUAUGCUGAGCAAUAUAGGAUCGCGGUAAUUCAUUAUGUUUGCCACUCAUCCUCUUGCCCGGCCCCCAUGGAAGUGCCCUUUUCAGUUUUCAUUGGCUAUGUGCCAUUCUUGUGAGAUCUGAAGUUUCGAGGACAAUCUUCUCUGCAUUUGUACUGUGGCCAGAACAAAGCUGUGUCGACAGCUUAGACCGUGCUAUCAUUGAAGAGAUGGUUCCUGAGAGUUCAAUUGUGGACGACCUCUAGUAACUUGACAACUAGCCAGAUAGUCCCACCCUUCUUUGUUUUAAACCCCAUGACCUGGAGAUGGGUUUUUCAAAAUGAUUAUCCUGUGCUAGUUGUUGUCAGCAUCAUACUACCAAUUGCAGCGACGGCAGUGGUCCUGGAUAGUUUCUGAGAUUUCUGGUUUGAAACAUGUCAGACCAUCCUUCACCAAAGGAAGACUGGAGAGACGAUCAAGUGCUUGCAUUGGUAAGAUCUCACCUAACGAUAGGAGGCCUUUGACACUGGUGUUUCUGAUGUAUUAGGGCCUCCGAUGGCCAUGAUUGUGGAAUGUUGGGUUCAGCUGAUUGGAGCAUGGACGAUCGCCAAGCGGUUAUACGAAUCUGUCAUCACAAUAUGGAGCAGCUUGAUAGAACUACCAGUGGAUUUGAUGGCUGGGAUUGCAAUUACUAACUGCCUUUGAGCAGCGCUUGGCUGAUGCUGCAAACUUGACAUUAAACCUGAAGGCGACUGGGUUCCCGACCAGCUCUCCUAGACUUUGGGACAUCAGCUCUCCUUUGGAGUCGACCUCGUCAGCUCCCAGGACUACAUUUCAUGGUAGAUGUGCACGAGCCUGCGAUUUUCUACUCAAAUGAAUGAGACAGGUCUGACUCUGAACGAUUAAGGAGGCUAUGAUCUAUAAGCGUCUGAGAAAGAGCUAGCAAAGGCAAUGUUGGGUGUUCUUCAAGUUCGAAUCAGUCAAUGCCAUCACCAUAUAAGCUUGCAACGAGCCAGAAGCCCGAGUGCUUGCGAAGAAGGUAAAGAACAAAUCUGUCUCGCAACUACAUACAGCUUUCUCUUUUCAAGAGUUUUAGAAUAUCUGUAACUCCUCUGCUUAAAGUUGGACCUUUUCGUGGGUUGAUGAAACAUACUAGAAGUCAUUCAAUGUCUCUCGAGCUGUUCUUA